GACGAUUGUGCUCAGGUUGCAAAACAUCUCAGAAUAAUACGCAAACCAAGUUCGGCUUACUCGAAGCGCAGUUGACGCCCUCGACACUUCGGAAUUCUAUCAGGAAGACUGAGAAUCUGACAUCAUCUCCCUACCCGAAGAUCUGUUUCGGGAGUUUGCCAUUAUGUCUCGUGCAGGAACUUGGCUGAAGAUGCUCGGGGUCGGCGUUGUCUGCUGUGUUGGCGGCCCGGCUUUCGUGCAGUAUAUCCGUCCUACCGACGAGGAAUUGUUCAAGCGUUACAACCCCGACCUUCAAAAACGGAGUCUGGAGGAAGGCGACCGUCGAGCACGCGAUUUUGACGAAUAUGUUACCAAGUUGAAGGAGUGGUCCAAGUCCGACAAGCAUAUUUGGAUUGCCGCCCAAGAACAACAGGAACAGAGACUCUUGGAAGCUCAGACACAGAACACACAGGCGAAGGAAGAUGCUAGGACACAGAAGGAGGAGAUGCGGAAGGAGCUGUUGGGUGGAAAAUAAGGGGCCUAUGAAGGAAUACUUCUGGAUUCAAGCACGCUGGCUGGCUUGUCUGGGGGAGAAUUUUAUUGUUGAUUCUGCGGUUUGCAGAUCGUGCUUGGUUGAAAGACGGGAUAUCUCGUUUUUUUUUUAAAGUUAUCUUCCACAGUAUCAUGUAUUUAUACCCCAUGCCGGAGGCUUGGGGAACUGAAAAGCAGUCUAUCGGCAGAUUGUGGGCAAAGGCAUGUGAGGAGUUACAUGGGUG